AGAGCUGAGAGCCGCCGGGCCGCGGAGGGCGUCCGCGCGCGGCUGGUGCGGUGUGGGGAGGCGGCGUGGACGGCCCGAAGGCUGCGGUCGCGGCCCGGGUCCUUCCCGCCGGCCUUUCCUACCGCCUCGCCUGGGAGUGGGGGUCCGAGGCCGGGGAGACAGGGACAGGAAGAUUUCUUAACCGGAAAGAAAAAGCCAAGGUGCCCGGUGAUCGCCGGACUACAAGAGUUGAAAGCAGUCACAUUGUGGAUCAUGUGGACGCAUACAAGAAAAGGUUAUUAAGCAUAGACUGGGAAUUAGCAAUUGCUUUCCCUCCUGUCACAUAUGUGUUGAAAGAUGCCUCGUAAGGAUUUGUCAUGUGACUCUUUCUGACUUUUAAUCAGCUACUUUUAGAAAUGCAAAUAAAGAAGAUGAAGGAUAUUGGAGAACAGUUGUAUACGACACAAAUGAAUCGCGGACACAAUUCCUUGACCAUGUCACCCAAGCAGCCUAACUCUACUAGAGCAACUCGACCAGAUAGGCAAGAAGCACAGAGUGUCCUAUACCAAGGAUCAGAGGCAGAGGCUGCCUUGAUGACCAUUGCCACAUGUGUGAAGUGCAAAAGUGUUCACAAAAUCCCUCUGCAGGAUUUGAAGAAAGAUACUGGGCAAAGCCAGCAGGAAGACAAAUAUGUCUGUCUCAAAUGCAGCAUUCAUGUAUCUCCUCCUCGUUUUCAUUUUGUGAACAAUAAUCCCAGUGCUAUUCAUGUUGGAAAUAAUACUGAAACCAUCUCAAGUCCUGUCAACAAAUUUAAGGUAAGGAACUUUAAACCAGGCAAAUACUAUUGUGAUAAAUGUCGGUUUUCUACGAAAGAUCCUCUGCAGUACAAAAAGCACACACUUCAACAUGAAGAGAUUAAAUUCAUUUGUUCUCACUGCAGCUAUAUUUCAUACACAAAAGGAGAGUUUCAGAGGCAUUUGGUGAAGCACACAGGCAUAUUCCCUUAUCAGUGUGAGUACUGUGACUAUGGUGCUAUUAGAAAUGAUUACAUUGUGAAACAUCGAAAAAGAGUCCAUGAGAGGGCCGGCGCAAAACGGCCACUCAAGACUGUUGGCAAGCUGGAGCCCAAAAGACUCAGUGUUUCAAGAGAAAAUGUGGAGCUUUUAAAGGCUCCCAAUCCAAGGACUAUGCUUCAGAAUAAGUUGUCCAGUCAGCUUUCAAGGUUCUCUCUCCAAGGAAAUAAAGACAGAAUGCACAGUGUCAUGCUAUUACCAGAAUCAAAGGAAUGCCAAAAAGAUGUAGUGUGCAUUCCAAAUAGAAUGACCCUACCUGAGCCCAAUGAGGUCCGUCUGUUUGAGAACAAAAGUGUUGAGGUAGAAGUGUUGUCCCCUGCGAAGGAACCUGUGCAGCCAGGUGUGCCAUUGACAGUGGUGGCCCCUUCAGAGCUCGUAGUCCCUACAAACUGCUUAGCCCAGUUGAUAGAUGUGAAGGUUGUCAAUGGCACACAGCAGCUUGUUCUGAAAUUGUUUCCAGUGGAAGAAAAUAAUCACCUUGAAGCUGACAGGGGUCAUGGAGGUAAUUCUGAGCAGACAACUAAAGAAAAGGGUUCAAAUGAACAAGAAAAAAUAAUUGGUGUGGAAAAAACAAAGUCACUAACUAUUGAAGGGAAUGUUGGUAAACUUUUUGGCAUUGAUAGUCUUCAAUCUUCAGUUCAAAAGCAGCUUAAAAAUGUGAGAUGGGUAAGGUCUUACGACUUUUUCAUGUCAAACUCUAGUGUGCACAACUAUAGAGAAUCCUUUUUUCAUUCUGAUAUGGUUGAGGAUUUGCAGAGGAAAAACAGUUUUUAUGCACAUAGAUUCACUCCUCCUCUCACCUUAAAAGCCCAUUCUCCACCAUCUAUAGUAAAAAACAGUGUUUUCUGUGGUCUUGGACCUACAUCAAACCCUUUUCCGUAUAAAGCUGCUGCUGCUUUUGCUGAAGAUGGAAGACGUUUCCACAGUGACUCUCAGCAGUCUUUUCCUCUUGCUGCAUGGCCUGCAGCUAUCUCCUUUUCUGGAGAAAAGGGUGUAUUACCUUUAAGUGAAGAAGACUUCAACCCUAGAAGUAACAUUAGUAUUCCUGUAAAAAUGCUUUCGUCUAAUAGAAAGCUGGAAGAUAUCCAGGCAGAACAAAACAAGGUAGUUUCAAGUCUGGGUCAGAUUUCCUCUCCGCAUAAAAGUGAGUAUUUACAUAUAAAUAUAACAGGAGAAGAAAGGGCUAAGUCCCACCCACCUGGGGAAAAGCCUGUAGAACUGAAGGAUUCUGAAAGGACUAAGGAUACUUUUGAUGGCCCAGUCAUCUCAUCAGUAUUUUCUCUGAGCUCUGGAUCUGAAAAUGUGCCAGAGGGUAUUAAGUGGAAUAGUUCAACGUCCAAAAUAAAGUCAAUUGAACUCUUGCGCAGAAAGAUAGCUCAGUUAAUUGAGUCCUGUGGCAAACCUUCCUCUUUGUCUGCAAAUGGUGUGCAUCGACGUUGUGGGGGGGAGGCAGCAAAAGGAACUUCAAAGGCAGCCUCUGAAUGUAUUCAAGAAUUUAAUGUGUCACUUACUGGCCCUGGCCCUUCCAUGGGUCCUCUCCAGAAACCUCAAAAUGAGGUUGCUGUUAUUGGCAGAGGACAGCUUACACAGCAGGAGAUCUAUCCACAGUUCAGUAAUGUCAUUGAUGGGCGAACUGAAGGCAGAGGGAGCAGAAAGGCACCUGUGGCUACUCCUGUGCUAAUCCCCAAGGGGGCUGUGUUAAGGGUUCUUAACUCCUCAGAAGAUGCUCACAUCAUAGAGGCCACUUGUGAUGCGCCUGUUGCCAUUCCUUGCAGUGAAGCCUGUCUACCACAACCAGGCCCAGUCUGUCUUCUGAAACAGUCAGACUCAGACUUACAGCCUUUGAUAAGUGAAAGGGGCCCGAUAGACAUGUCCUGGAGUCUCGAGACCUCUCUCCGCCCCAAACCAAGAAAAGAGGAUGCUGUCUGCAGCAGCACCUCUAAGAAAACUGGCCCUCUGCAUGGGCAGCAUGGGAGGCUGCUCUCCAGAGGUCUUCCUGGAAGCAGGAGUAAGACCAAGCAAGUGAACUCAUCCAAAAGGAAGAGCAAGAUUCAGGCUGAGGCCAGCCGCUGCCUCAAGGAUCCUUCCAUUUUUCAGGUUGCAAGACAGCUUCGACUGGUAGCAGUUAAACCUGACCAGUUGAUUAAAUGUCCCCGUCGGAACCAGCCCGUCAUUGUGCUGAAUCAUCCCGAUGUCGACUCCCCGGAAGUGACUAACGUGAUGAAGGUCAUCAACAAGUACAAAGGCAAUGUCCUGAAGGUGGUCCUGUCUGAGAGGACUAGGUGUCAGCUGGGCAUUCGACGACAUCACCUACGGCUCACAUACCAGAAUGUGGAGGAAGCUAGCCAGAUAAAGAGGCAGAUGAUGUUGAAGAUGAAACUGAAAAAGGUUCAUAAAAACAACUACCAGGUGGUGGAUUCCUUGCCUGAUGACUCGUCCCAGUGCAUAUUUAAGUGCUGGUUUUGUGGGCGGCUGUAUGAAGACCAGGAAGAGUGGAUGAGUCAUGGCCAGCGGCAUUUGAUUGAAGCAACUAGAGACUGGGAUGUUCUUUCUUCCAAGGGCAAAUAAGUAAAAAUUUGGCAUAUGAUGCAAGUUGUUUUUCAUUUGUUGGGGGGUUUGCCCUUCCAGAUUCAGUAGGAGAAAUCCAGACUGUAGGAAUGAGAGUUGCUAAUUCUUUAGAACCCCUGUAGGAAUGUCAGGAGCCCUUAGCCCGAGCUCAGGGCUGGACCCUAGGAGGUGUUAGAAGGCCCCAGUUGUCCAAGGGGAUGCAGUUCUCUAGAGAAAGGAUAUGAAACUCAGAUUUUCAGUGGUAUUGGAUGCUUUUGUUUAAUCCCCAUAUUUCUGAGUAGAUAUGAAGCUUUCACCGUCCUUUGAGGGGGACAAAUUUAGAAUGCUUCACACACACCUAUAAAUGCUACUGAAUUAAGUACAUUUUUUUGUGCACAUACACUUUAGUUUUUGCUUGACUCUUUCUGGAAUAUUUGUUACAUAAUAGAAACGCAGCAGUAUCUUAAAUUUAGUUAUUAAAAAAUGGCCAUCCUUUAAAAAAAAAUGGCCAUCCUUUUAAUCACUCCCCAUUCUCAAUUGUUCAUUUUCUGUGUAGCACUGAAUUUUCCUUUUCUUGGCUAUUUUAAGGACUAAUUUCAAGGAUUUGCCUGUUUUUACUACUUACACAAAUGUAAUAACAUUCAUAAAACAUUUUACUCUUACAUUCUUAUAAAAAUCUUGACUUGUGACAGCUGGGUAGGGAAUGUGCCUUUUAAAGAAAAGUUACAGAGGGAAAAUAUCUAAAAGAAAAGCUCUUCGCCUGUAACACUCCCACAGAAUAAAUGGCCAGAUGAACAUGGAAAGGAAUAGUUUCCUACAAUGCAGGUAAAACCCUUGGGCAAACAGUUGAAGAUAGCCUUGUAAAGCAGGCUGUAAAGAAUCUAAUCUUAGUUUUCACCUAGGGCCUCAUCCAGAAAUGCAAGGUGUGGCCUCCCCUGGAUCACUGGGGACCCAAAUGCUGGUCACUGGGGCCAGUCCUCCCCUUUGCCUGUUUUUUCUCAGCAGGCUCUGUGGAAUAGAACAGCUUCCCAUCUCUUGAUUCUUUCCUUCUGUGCCUUUGAGGUGUGGGAGAGACUGUCCCUCAUGUUACUAGAAAUGGGCAAGAAUCCCUUUCUAUCUGCAAAAGUGGAUACCACCCCUGGUUUCCAGUGCCAGUAGCCACCUGCUGUGAUGUGGCUUGAUCACUCUCACUUCCAGUGCUCAUCUUUCUUGAGAGGACUUCUGCUCCCCUCCCACCCGUGGACAGCAGGUCUUACUGGCCUGCAGGGCACCUACCUGUGUAUGAGCAGCUAGACAGCAUGACGAACAGUUCACACCUGAGAUUGAGUCUUCACUAGGCCAGGCACCUGGGCGCUGAACACCAAGCAGUGGGUGGGACAACUCCAGGCCUGCCUGCCCUUAGAGCUCUGCUUGGUGCAGUGACUAGCGGGGGUGCGAUUAUAUCGGAGAAUGCCCCCAGUGAUUUUAUCUUGCUUAGUAAUUAGUGGGAGGCUUCUCAUUCUGUUUCGUUUUUCAUGUGAGAAAGUCUUAGCUUACCCUAUGAGGGGUGGGAUUAUAUUCCUUUGAAGUUUUUUGUCACGAAUACUUGACGUUUCUUCAGAAUAAGAUGGUUAAGUUGAUUGAUUUUAUUAAUACAUUUUUAUAUAUGUGUGUGUACACAUAUAAGUAUUUUAUACCACAUGAAAAUUGCAAUAGCUAAUUUUCUGGUUUCCUAUUUUAUAAUGUUACAUGGGCUGGAAAAAUGUACAUUUUUAUAUUCCAGAAAUUAUUUAUUUUGGAAGUACAUUUUUAUAAUGGUUUGAUCUCAUUUUUAGAUGAUGAAAGCACAGUAAGUGAUGGGGUCUCAUUUGUAUGAACAAAUAGGAGUAGAAACCUCUGUGGGUCAUUUUAUUACAGAAUCCAGUCCUUGUUUUUAUUUGGUGCUUUGUGGCUGGUAGAUGUUGUUGUACCACUUCGCUACAUGAGGAAGAGCAUCUUAAGGUUUUAUCUAUGUUACGGACGUGUACCCUCCUACAUGAAAGAGACCUAAGAUGUGGAGAAGGGGAGAAGAAAAGCCUGUGGUUUUUAUUUUAUUCUCCUAUACCUCACCACUUAGCGUUUUCCUGAAUGGCUGGGCUGAGAGCUGGCCAGGUCAGAGUAUUUAGCAUCAGCUGGAAAUAUUUACAUUUCACAGUAUCAACUGUUGCUUCAAGUAUUACCUAAAACACAUCUUGAGUACUUAGGUGGAACUGAAUUACUGAAUUUUGUGAGUAGACUAUGUAGCAAUUCUCUUGGGGAUAUUCAGGACUGUAAUACUUUUUAAGGAAUUAAAAGGUAUUCGAGAGUCAGAAAAGUGGGAAAGCAAGAGAAGCUGUCUUCCCUAAAGAGCUUUAGAAAGCUUGUUAGCACGUAGGAAAUGUCAUGAAGUGAACACGUUUCUAACAAAAUCAGAGAGAGUAGGGGCAAAAUUGUAUGGAGUACUUGUGUACUCUGACCGUAAUUUUGAAGGAUCUCUGGUCACAACAUGUUAAUAGUACUAAGAAAAUUAUUUUAAAGUUAUUUUUUAAAGUAGGUUUUCUUACUUUUGGGGGCCAGAAAUGAGACAACCUUUUACCUAUAAUGAGACAAAAUUUUUUUAAAACUUACCAACUAAGUGUACUCAAUAGAUGAUAUUUAUUCAAAUUUGUAUCCCUGGUCCGAAACAUUUUGUGAGCCCUUCCAGGGCUGGAGCUGUCUGCUGAGCUAAACUGAACCAUCGUAUUAACCCUCCAAAGCUCCAGGCCUCUCGUUAGGACUUUUUAUUAUAAGCCAUCGCAGAAAAUGAAGGUGUAAUGCUGCUCAGCCUUUGGAAAAACUUUAGAAUCUGUGAAUGUCUGUAUGAGCAGAAAAUAAAACUUUGUAGAACACAUUAACCAUUGUUAUACUCCUGUGUUGACUGUCUGCUGCUCUGGUUUUGAAACACGUUUGUAUAUAGAUAGAGAAGUUGGAGUAAAUUUUGUUAAAUAAAGUUAACUGUUAAGAUUUU